AUGGGGGCAGCUACAUCUGUUAUUGCUUUGGGUGUUGUUCUUUUGAAAGGACUAAGAUUUAGAAGAGUUAUGCCUAGAGAACCUCAUGUUAAUCGAGAGUAUGAAAGAGAGACAUAUAUGAAUGAUAUUCUUUGUAGAGGUAAAUAUUAUCUCGGUGAUGCUGGUUAUGGAGUUCGAAAAGGAAUUAUAUCCCUUUAUCGUGGUGUUCAUUACCAUUUGAAAGAGUUUAGUGAUAACUCGCCAAGAAAUGACAAAGAAUUAUUCAAUCUUCACCAUUCUUCUUUACCCACUAGCAUUGAGCAUUGUUUUGGGGUUUUGAAGAAACGUUUCCGUGUGUUAGAUGCAGAACCUUUUUGGUCAUUCCCAACACAAGUGGAUGUAGUCUUAGCUUGUUGCAUAAUUCACAAUCAUAUAAUAGGAGUUGACCAUUUAUACUCAAUUAUGAGCAAUGGGCUUCGUGGUAGUCCACUUGCAAAUGACAAUACAAGUAGAAGAGUCCAACGAUCACAAAGGGAAGUCCAAGAAGAAAAUAGAGAAUGGGUUCAAAAACGGGAUGAUAUUUGUCGUAAAAUGUGGGAGGAUUAUAAUGCUAUGGAGUGA